AUGAUAGUGCUCGUGUUCAUUGGGGUAUUUGCCAUCGUGUAUUACUUCAACUUUCGACGAUCGCGCAAACGGUUAUACGAGCUAGCGGAACGAAUACCAGGCCCAUUCGACUAUCCGCUGAUUGGCAGUAUAUUGCUCACAAUCGGCAAAGAUCCGCUGGAGCUGGUAACCCAUCUAAUGGAGCUGAUGCACCAUCUACCAUCACCGAUGCGUGCCUGGCUAGGACCGUUCCUGUUGGUCGUUAUCGAUCGCCCGGAUAUGGUUCAGGACAUUCUGAGCUCGCCCGAUUGCAUCCAGAAACCGUUCAUGUACGACUUUUUCCGACUCAAGAAAGGUUUGUUCGGUGCACCGGCUGAUGUGUGGCGAAAGCAUCGGAAACUUCUCAACACGUCCUUUUCACCCGCCGUGCUGAAAAGUUUCGUGCCGAAGUUAAAUGCAAAGGCGGACCAGUUUAGCCGCGAGCUGAACGACAAAGUAUCGAGCGAAUGCUUUGACGUGCACACGCUGCUGGCCCGUUACACUUUGGUAACCAUCUCGUCCACCACGCUCGGUGCGGACCUAAGUGUCGAGAAGCGGGAAGUGUUGGAAGAGUAUAGCAGAAACGCUAUACAAAUGUUUACGGCUAGCUUCGAACGUAUCUACAAAGCCUGGUUGCAUCCCGAGUUCCUAUACCAAAUGACUUCCGCGUUCAAGGAGGAACAGGCUCGAUUAAAGCUUUUUAAACAGAUGUCACGCAAGAUCAUAAACAUGCGACAAGCCAUUCAGCGGUCGGGCAAAACCAAAGACGAUCUACCCGACUCCGACCCCGAAGACAAGCAGGAGUUCCCGAAGGCGAAAAUUUUUAUCGAACGGCUAGAGGAAAUUGCCGCCGACCCAGGCAACGCCAUCGAUGAGGAUGGGUUUCAGCAGCACAUCGAUACGAUGAUGUUCGGUGGCAACGAUACGUCCGCGCAGGCCCUCUCAAACACACUGCUAACGCUGGGCAUGUAUCCCGACUGGCAGGAGAAAGUUUACCAAGAAAUCAUGGAAGUCGCACCCAGUGGACCCAUUUCAUACGAGGAUCUCUCCAAGCUUACCAACAUGGAAAUGUUCCUGAAGGAAACGAUGCGGCUCCUGCCCAUCACGGGACUUAUCGCACGUGUACCAACGAAGGAGGUCCUUGCGAAGGACGUGACCAUUCCGAUCGGUGCGAUUGUGCUGAUACCGUUUCUUAAAAUUCAUCGCGAUAAAACUAUCUGGGGACCGGACGCGGAACAGUUUAAUCCCUACAACUUUCUUCCGGAACGGUGCGCUCAGCGACAUCCUUACGCAUUCAUACCCUUCAGCCAAGGGCCGCGGAACUGCAUCGGCAUGAAGUAUGGAUGGAUCUCAAUGAAGAUAUUACUGUGCCAUGUGGUGCGUCAGUAUCGCAUCGCUACCGAUAUUAAGCUGCGUGAUAUUAAGCUUUCACUGUCGCUGGUAAUGAAGCUAAACACAAAACACUUGAUCCGAUUGGAACGCCGCUGUGCGGCCACAUGAAA